AUGACUGUUGUGAAUGGAUAUAUCGUACGCUGCUUAACGGUUAAGAAGCGAGAAGAAAAGCCACCUACACAUGCCGACUACUUGCGCCGCCUCCACGCUCAGCUGCUCCCGCUCUGGGAGAUCAAUUUCGAGACACAUCCCAACGCCGAAGACCUGGUUAACGUACCGAUACUGAGUCAAGAGCACCUGUUAGUAAGCACAAACAGCUUCUAUACAAUCACCAAGCAGCACAAUCGUAGACAAUAA